CGUCCUUCGUCUCUAUUGCCAAUGGUGUAGAGUAGUGUGCUCGCUGCAGGCUUCAUUGAAUUUAACAUGUUGCUUCACCACUCUUUCAGUCUCUACUCGCAGGAUUGAGGUGUAACUGCAGCAAAAGUUUAAUGAAUGGUGCUUUCCAAUCUAGUAGCUUGCAGGCAGCAUUCUCGUACUGCGCACAGCAAGUGCGAAGCUAUGAUUACCACCACUACCUUUGCCUUCUUGAGCUUCCCCCUAACAUGCGGAAGGCUGCUUUUGCAAUCCGUGCUUUCAACAUUGAAACGGCCAGAGCUAUGGACGUCGCUUCUGAUCCCAAGAUUGGUCUUAUGCGCCUGGUUUGGUGGCAAGAAGCAGACAAAAUCUACGUCAAAAAGACAAUUGAACACCCAACGGCACAGGCGCUCUCCUCAGUCAUACACGAGAACAGAAUCACCAAGGGCUGGCUGAAACGGUUAGUAGAAGCUCGGAUCAAUGAUGCAAGGAGAGAGGUCACUGAAAUUCCAGAAAAAAUCGAAGAGUUGGAGCGAUAUGCUGAAGAUACUGCAUCAACUAUUCUUUACACAACGCUGCAAGCUGGUGGUGUCAUGUCCAGAGCUGAUCACGCAGCAUCACAUAUUGGUAAAGCGAGCAGCCUUCUUUUGCUGAUUAAGUCGCUGCCUUACCAUGCUAGCCGCAACCGCCAUUUUUCAUAUAUACCGAUUGAGGUAGCUAAAAAGCAUGGAUUACUAGUUGAACAGGGAGAUCGAUCAGAAAUAAAUUUGGAUUCUCAGGAAAAAAUAUGUAAUGUGAUGUUUGACAUGGCGUCUGUUGCUAAUGUUCAUCUUCAAAAGGCUCGUGGGUUAGCAGAAACGGUGCCUGCUGAGGCUCGUCAGGUGCUCCUCCCGGCCGUGCCUGCCCAAGUUUUGUUGGACUCUCUAAGAUGGGUGCAUUUCGAUGUGUUUGAUCCAUGGUUAGCAAAAGGGGUCCUCGGUUUGCCCCCCUUGUGGUUCCAGUUGAGAUUGAAGUGGCAUUCUUGGAGGGGUAAAUACUGACGUGGUUUUCUGUCUGUCCCUUUAUAAGUCAUAAAUUUCCAAGUGGAUUUUGCACCUUGCAUCUUAAAGUUAUGUUGACAUAUGUGGAUAUCACCCGGGGAUUUACACAGAUUUCUUGCACUUCAACUACGACAGAGAAUGAAAUUAUAUAUAGGUAAGUUUCUUUAAAGACAUAUAUGCUCAGCUGGAACAAGGAGAAGGUGAUAGUCAUCUUAUAGGCAACAAUCCCAGUACGCUGUACUCGUAUAUUCAUUCCUAAGCAACUUUAAAGCACCAUAAUCAAUUCAAUGCUUCAAAGCAACUUCCUUCAUCUUAUUGAUUCAUGAGGUUACAUAAUCGAUAAUAACAACAAUUUGAUGCUAAAUAUUUUAAUUCUUCGAAUUUUUUUUUUUUUUA